ACGGACGUUACACAUCAAAUAGCUUUGUACUACAACAGCUAAGCUAGGCUAGCCAGGACAACAGCUAAGUUAGUAUAGAUGACACGACACUCGAGGUCUGACGGAUACGCUCUCCAUUAAUCUAAUGUGGGAGGAAACAGGACUACCCGGGAAAACAUGCCAACUCCACACAUGAAGGAGGGGCUUGGAAUCGACCCUUGCACCCCUGCACUGUGAGGCGGAUGUGCUCACCAGUCGCUCACCGUGCCAGCCCUAGGAGUAACGUGAAAUGUCUAAAUUUGUCUCGUUAGUGUCAUAAAAUUUUAGGUAGGGUCUAAAACCUAAGCUCAACAGGUCAGAAAUCCAGGGAAAUACCUCGUCUAAAAAUUACUGGAUGUUGUGCGAAUUACUUUUCACGUCAUUGUGGUUCCUGUUUGUCAUCUUCUGGGUGGAGACCAGUGUGUGGUUCUUCCUCUCAAUGUUCUACCAAGACAGAGUUCUCUACCACUGGGGAGAUGGUAACAGUGCAUUUUCAGAUGAUUCUGGCCAGCUGAUAUACAUGCUGAGCAGAGUUGAUUCCCACUUGCUGAGAGAGAUGUAGACUUCAGACAUGGUGAAACGUCGCAAGAAUCUGAAGAAAAGUGGGUCGAAGAUCGGCCAGGUUAACCGGCAGCUGAGGAGAAGUUAUGAUGUAAACUUCAAGAUGAUGGUGAUAAAUGAGGCAGAGUCUUCAAACAAUUGCAAAGCGGCUGUGAAAUAUGGUGUCACAGAGUGUAAUGUACGGAGAUGGAGAGCUCAAAAAGAUGACUUUAAAAAUGCUCACGGUCAGAGAAAAGCUUUCCGUGGUCCUCGGAGCGGCCGCUUCCAAGAGCUUGACAGGAGGGUGUGCGCGUACGUGGACGAGAAACGAAAGAACGGGAUGCCCAUCAGCAGAGCUUUCAUUCGGCUCACGGCCGUGGAAAUAGCCAAAGAGCUAAACAUACCCACCGCUGACUUCAAAGCAAGCCUCGGCUGGUGUAGAAGAAUGAUGCGGCGUAACGGACUAACGCUGCGACGCAGAACAAGUCCAGCCCAGCGCCUGCCCUCUGACUUUGAAGAGAAGCUGUUGUCUUUUCAGGGCUAUGUAAUCAACUUAACGGAAAGGCACUCUUACCCACUGGAUCAGAUUGGCUAUGCUGAUCAGACACCUGUGUUUUUUGACAUGCCAACACUUGUCACUGUACACAAGAAAGGUGAGAAAUCAGUUCCCGGUAUUAUAAAAUCCACUGGAAAUGAGAAGAGCUGCGUUACCGUCAUGUUAUCCUGCCUCGCAGACGGAACCAAACUCCCUCCGUAUGUGGUUUUAAAACGUAAGACAGUACCUAAGGAGGCGAUGCCAGCUGGCAUUAUUAUACGUGCACAGGAAAAGGGCUGGAUGGAGACCAAGCUUGUAGUGGACUGGCUCAAGGUUGUGUGGGGCAGACGGCAUGGGGGACUCAGAAAACAGAGGAACAUGCUGAUUUUGGAUGCAUUUAGUGGACUCUUGUCUGAUCCAGUCAAAAAACAAGUGAAGGCGAUGAACGGCGACUUAGUGAUCAUUCCGGGGGGAAUGACAAGUCAGCUGCAGGUGUUGGAUGUUGUGGUCAACAAACCAUUCAAAGACAAUCUGCGAAAGAAAUACACAGAGUGGCUCCUGUCUGGUGAUCACGCACUCACACCGACAGGAAAAAUUCAGAAGCCUUCGGUACGUUUGCUCUGUGAGUGGAUCCUCCACGCAUGGGAUGCAGUGUCCCCAAAGAGCAUCAUCCACGGGUUUAAAAAAUGUUGUAUAUCAAAUGCCCUGGACGGCAGUGAGGAUGACGUGCUAUGGGAGGAGCCAGAGGAUGGGAGUGAGGACAGUGACACUGAGCACAGCGAGGCAGAGGAUGUUUGUGAGGAGGAAUGUUCUGUCCUGACAGAUCUCAGCUACUCUCAGGUUUAACCAGUUUGCAUUAUUUUAUUGCAAUGUUUUUUCCUUAUUCAGAUUUGUUUCAAGACUACAGUUACAGUUAGACUUCACUUUGAUGGUUAAUGGUUAAUAAAUCUAUAUUUAUAUUGCACUUAUAUUGAACGGUGUACAGCUCUCUUUAUCCCAAUUUAUUUUUGUGCUUGCAAACAC